AUGAAUAGUCUCCUCCUCGGCGCAUCCCCAAACAGCCAGGGCAGUACCAAUUCACGGCAGCAGUUAAUCCAACAGGCCAUUCAGUACAACCUAUUGUUACAACAGCAGCAGCAACAAGCCGCCGCUGCUCAGCAAGCCCAACAAGCUGCCGCUGCAGCCGCUCAACAGGCCCAACAGAACGCUCUAUUGCAGCUGGUGAAUGCCCUUCAAAGUAAUCCCGCUGCCUACUUGACCCUUCUCCAGAACAUCUGGUUAAUGGGGGCUGCCACCAACCCGGCCGGUGGCUUGGGCUCGGCCAAUAAAAAUGCUUCUGUCGAUCCGCCAAUGGGUGUCACAGGUAUACUUUGGAAGGAGUCGCAACCGUGCGAUGGGCUGCCGUAUACAAAGCGUAAAAUGCUAGUGGGCAAAACUGUUGAGUUAGAUUGUCUUCGUCUCAUAAUUUCAAGAGUGGAAGGUCGUGACUUCUUCGAUCGUGUACGUUUUUUCACCGGCCUGGAAGACUUCCUAUGACAGCGUUGCAAGACUGGAAAGGUGGUCGUUUGGCGAGAAAUCAAGGCGAUAAGUAAAACAAGGAAAGUUCUCCAAGCCAAGCACCUCGGUUGGAACAUCAAACUCCUUCAGGUUGGGUGUCCCCUGGUAAAGUCGGCAAUCUGGGCACUGCGACCACCAGCCGCCUGUCUCCGUCGUUUGCGUCCUACGGCAAUGACUGAGCGGCCACCUGAAUUGCAGCUUCUCCCAGACUCCUCAUCCCCGUUACUCGUUAGGAAGAGUGAACACGUUUGGUUAUCGAUUUCGGCGAAAACUGACGGAUUACUGGUUUGUCUCCUCGUCCGCUCAUCGCGUGCUGGAAGGGGUGGGGAACUGGAUAGUGGUGCGGCUGAGGACCUUCAUUGA